AUGUUUUCGAUUUUUCUGAUUUUUGGGACUUCUAUUCCGAAAUACUGCUCACCGACUUACACAGAAGCAAUAACGCAAGACAAGUACGAGCGAGAGUAUGUCACAAUUCUUUUUAAGCACGGAAUUCAUUCUCCAAUUGAUAAAAUUCCAGGCCACGAUGCGAACUGGGAAUGCAGUGCAAAACAGAUUCUUUAUCCAGGAAAAGAUGCAUUCGAUGAACAAUCAAACAAUAACAUCAAUGUUUUCAGAGCUGUUCCGAUUUCUUCUCAAAGUUUUCUUAAAGGCACUUGCCAAGCCGGAUCUUUGUUAGAUACUGGCAUAGAUCAAAUGGUUUCAUUAGCAAAAUACAUAAAACGCACAUAUUCCUCAAUUUUACCCAAUAAAUAUCAUAAACGAGCAUUUAAUUUCAGAUCUACUUACACAGAUCGAACAAUGAACUGCUUAGAAGUAAUUAUAAGCCAUCUAUACGAUGAACUUACUCCAAUUGAGUUAUUUGUGGCAAAUGAAGAAUUAGAAUCUCUUGUACCGAAUCCUUAUUUAUGCCCAGAGCUAUCCAAAGUUCUAGAUAUCGAAAAGGAUGAAUCCUUAGAAAUUACAAAGCGAAUUAAAGAAUUUAACAAGAAAAUCGAAAAUUUAAAGAAUGAAUCUAAAAUUGUUGCAGCACCAAGCUGGAGAAGAAUGGGAGAGAUGCUAUCAGCACAUAUCUGUAAUAAUGCUUACUUACCUCCAGGAUUUGAUGAAAAAUUAUCAAAUGAAGCGACAAAUCUCUUGGUAGACUAUUACAAGUCAGUAAUCAGUGAUAAACAAAAAGUAAAGUACUCUAGUGGUCUCCUUUUAUCAGAUAUUUACUUCGGAAUGCGAGAUUAUUUAACAGGAAUGAAACAAUCGAAAUUUGCCUUGAUAGCCGGCCAUACUCUAUCUAUUGUUUCACUAGAACUCGCAUUCGGCCUGAAUACAACAUUUCCGGCCUUUGGAGACUUUAUUUCCAUCGAAUUAUUACGAAAAGACCAAGAUAGGAUUGUUAACAUUGUCCAGAACGGAAUUAUUAAAAAGACAAUGAAGCUACAAGAAUUUAUUGACUUUACUUUAGAAAUGAGGCCAAAAGAAAGCGAAUGCAAGAUUCAGUGGCCAUUUGCUGAAAAAGACAAGAAAGAUCCAGGCACAGAAAUUCUUUCUAAGUCAUUCUCUUGA